AACAAACAUUAUUUCACAAUAGUAAUCAUAACAAAAUAUUCCUAAAAGCGCGUAAAAAAUUCAGAGAAAUGUACAAAAAUACUAUUGUAAAACCAUUUAUAUCAAUAAAUUCCCCUAGUAAAAUAUACUAUGGAUUUGUUGAAACUCCCAAAUAUGGUCGUUUAUUUCUGGCUUUUUAUCUAGAGAAAAAUCUAUAUCUUUGUUAUGCCCACUUUGCUGCUAAUGAAACAACUAUGGAAAAGUUUAAAAAUGAUUUACAAAUACUUUGGCCAAAAACGGAAAUUGUAAAUGAUGACAAAACAACGAAAGAAAUAUGGGACAAGUAUAUGACAGAACCAAACGGUGCUGAAGAAAUUUAUGUGCUUUUAAAAGGCACUGAGUUUCAGAGAAAAGUGUGGUCAGCCUUAUUGGAAAUACCAUUUGGCGAGGAAUGUACCUAUAGUGAUUUAGCAGUAGCUAUUGGAAACCCUAAAGCUGUUAGAGCUGUGGCAAAUGCUGUUGGUAGUAAUAAUAUUGCCAUUUUUAUACCAUGUCAUCGUGUUAAGGCUAAAAAUGGUGAUAAGCUCAAAUAUCGUUGGGGUGGUGAUUUGAAAAAGAGAAUUUUGGUACAUGAAAAGGGUAAUGUUUGAAUAAGUACCUUUGUAAAUAUUAUGCCUCUUAAAAUAAAUUACAUA